GAUCUCACUCUAGCCCAGGCUGACCUGGAUGGCAGGAACUCACGCGAUUGCUGGGAUUAAAGGCGUGUGCCACCACGCAGAGAAGGUAUCUUUUAGAUAAAAGAUCUGAAGUAGUCUUUUCUGCCUAAAUAUGGAAAAUAGUACCACUACCAUUUCUCGGGAGGAGCUUGAAGAACUACGGGAAGCAUUUAAUAAAAUAGAUAUUGACAACAGUGGGUACGUUAGUGACUAUGAGCUUCAGGACCUAUUUAAGGAAGCAAGUCUUCCUCUUCCUGGCUACAAGGUGCGCGAGAUUGUGGAGAAAAUUCUAGCAGUUGCUGACAACAACAAAGAUGGCAAAAUCAGUUUUGAAGAGUUUGUGUCGUUAAUGCAAGAGUUAAAAAGCAAAGAUAUCAGCAAAACAUUCCGAAAAAUAAUUAACAAGAGAGAAGGGAUUACUGCUAUUGGAGGAACUUCGUCCAUUUCCAGCGAGGGCACGCAGCAUUCCUAUUCAGAGGAAGAGAAAGUGGCUUUUGUUAACUGGAUAAACAAAGCCCUAGAGAAUGACCCUGACUGUCAGCAUCUUCUCCCCAUGAACCCCAAUGAUGGCAGUCUCUUCAAAUCACUUGCAGAUGGCAUCCUUCUUUGCAAAAUGAUCAAUUUAUCUGAGCCAGAUACAAUUGAUGAAAGAGCCAUUAAUAAGAAAAAGCUCACUCCUUUUACUAUUUCUGAAAAUUUGAAUCUAGCCCUGAAUUCUGCCUCAGCCAUUGGUUGCACAGUGGUCAACAUCGGUGCACAGGAUCUCAAAGAAGGAAAACCUCACUUGGUCUUGGGACUUCUCUGGCAGAUCAUCAAAGUUGGCCUUUUUGCGGAUAUAGAGCUUUCUAGGAAUGAAGCUCUGAUUGCGCUGUUGAGUGAAGGCGAGGACCUGGAGGAGCUGAUGAAGCUGUCGCCUGAGGAGUUGCUGCUGCGGUGGGUGAACUACCAUCUGACCAAUGCGGGAUGGCGAACCAUCAGCAACUUCAGCCAGGACAUUAAGGAUUCAAGAGCCUAUUUUCAUCUGCUUAAUCAGAUUGCUCCUAAAGGAGACCGAGAAGAUGGGCCUGCCAUCGCCAUUGAUCUCUCAGGAUUUAAUGAGAAAAAUGACCUGAAGCGUGCUGGAUUCAUGCUUCAAGAAGCAGAUAAACUCGGCUGCAGACAGUUUGUUACUCCCGCAGAUGUGGUUUCAGGAAAUCCAAAACUAAAUUUAGCCUUUGUAGCUAAUCUUUUUAACACUUACCCAUGCCUUCAUAAGCCUGAUAAUAACGACAUUGAUAUAAAUUUAUUGGAAGGAGAGAGCAAGGAAGAGAGGACAUUCCGGAACUGGAUGAAUUCCUUGGGGGUUAACCCAUACAUUAAUCAUUUGUACAGUGACCUUGCAGAUGCUUUAGUGAUCUUUCAGCUCUAUGAAAUGAUCCGAGUGCCAGUCAACUGGAGCCAUGUCAACAAACCUCCGUAUCCUGCCCUUGGAGGGAACAUGAAGAAGAUUGAAAACUGUAACUAUGCAGUAGAGCUUGGGAAGAAUGAGGCCAAGUUCUCCUUGGUUGGCAUCGCUGGACAGGACCUGAAUGAGGGGAACUCCACACUUACUCUGGCACUGGUCUGGCAGCUGAUGAGAAGGUAUACAUUGAAUGUGUUAUGUGAUCUUGGAGAAGGUGAAAAAGUAAAUGAUGACAUUAUUAUUAAAUGGGUUAAUCAGACUCUUAAAAGUGCAAACAAAAGUACUUCUAUUUCCAGCUUCAAGGAUAAAUCUAUUAGUACAAGCUUACCAGUUUUAGAUUUAAUAGAUGCCAUUGCACCCAAUGCAGUUCGUCAGGAAAUGAUCAAGAGAGAAAACUUGUCUGAUGAGGACAAGCUGAACAAUGCUAAAUAUGCAAUUUCUGUUGCUCGGAAGAUUGGUGCCCGGAUAUAUGCAUUACCUGAUGAUCUUGUGGAAGUAAAACCAAAGAUGGUUAUGACAGUGUUUGCAUGCUUAAUGGGAAAAGGACUGAACAGAAUAAAAUAAUAAAACAUUUAUCGUCUGCCACAUUAAACACAUUGAAUGCCUCACAGUUUACAAAAUUUUGAAAUGUAGUAGGUAUGAGAGUAUUUGUAUGCUAAAAUAGUUAUGCAUUCAUAAAUGAGUUUAAUAUCCUGUUCAUAUUAGUUAGAAUUUGUCAACUUUUUUGGGUAAUAUAAUUUAUCAAUCAAUCCUGAUACUAGAAUAUCUUACCAGGCUGAUAUUUCA